GGUAUGUUUCUCAACCACCAAAGAUACGUGAGAUGGCGAAAUGUGAACAUCAUAAGCGGGCAUUGGAAAACACUUUUGCACUCUUCCAAGUGAACAAAAGUGAAAUAACCCCUGAUUUUGAGCAAAGAGUCGAUAAUAUUGAAAAGUAUAUAUACUCUAUUACGAAACCUAAAUAUGUUUCUUCACAAUUGCAAAUUUCUCAAGUGGAAGCAACAUCUACAAACAUACCAACAUCACAAGUAAUGGGUCCACAUGAUUCUCAUAUGACACAGCCAAAUUCUCAUCAAGUGGCAAACCAAUCUAGUGCUGCAGAUCCACAAGAAGAGUCUGUUAAACAACAAGGUUAUGGAAAUGUUGUACAACAACAAACAAGUGGUGAAAUAACACCACCUGUCAUCAGCACCUCUGGGAUUUUAGCUUCACCCUUGCUUGAAAACUGCAAUGAAGAGAACGAAAAUUGUCAAGGCCAUAUUGUCAUUUCGGAUGAUGCAAGCCCUGCAAUGCAACACUCGAUUAAUGUGAUGAACUUUGUAUCGGCUGAAGCAUUGGUGGAUUCUUGUGAAGACAUUGGAAUGGUAUUCCAUUUGAAUGAUGGCAAGUCAACAUUGGAACCACUAAAUGGACCACCACUUAGUGCAAUUGGCUCUGACUUGGAGGGAGUUAAUGUGACAGAUUCACAAGCAAGAUAUUUGACUCGUCGUAAAUUUGCUCCUAGAGAAAGAAAUAUGAACCAUUUCAUUAAUUCAAUGCCUGCAAGUGAAAUUUUUUUGCAGUUAACUAGUUCAGAGAAACUUUUCUCAAAUUCAAGCACUAGUCAGGAAAAUAAUGCUCUUUCAGAAGAAAUAAAGGAGAUAAAUAUGCGACUGAUAGACACUGAGGUAGUUGCUGAUAAAGGGAAAAUUGUCACCACUGCAGCUGAAGGAUAUAUUGCCCAUGGUGAAGGAUUAACUGUAAAAUUAUUGUUCAAUUCAGUGAGUGUUAAUGUAAACCCAAUGUCAAAUCAUGGUUCUUAUAAAAAGCCAAUAAUUCAACCGCUUUGGUUGCAUAUUCCUGCAAGUUAUCCACAUUGCUCGGUUGCCAUUAUAGAUGAAAUGCCAUUGGAAGCCAGGAAGGACCUAGAUGAAGAUCUAUCAAUGAAAGCUAAGUUGAAGUUGACACUUUGUCUCCAAAGGCUAAGUCAACCUUUGUCACUAAAGGAUAUUGCAGUGUCAUGGGAUCGUUGUGUUAGAGAAGCAAUAUGUGAGUAUGCGCAACUCUUUGGUGGAGGAACCUUCACCUCAAAAUAUGGAGGAUGGGAGAUAUGUCCUAAUGAUAUAUAACUGAAGGAAUGUGCAUAUUCUUGUUAGAAAUUCAUUUUGAAAUUUCGAAAGUCUUGUCUUAAAUUCAAGCACUACAAUGAUGUGGAGUUACUUCCAUUAAAUAUAACAUUAUGCAUUCAAUUUACUGUA